CGGGGUUUUUGUUUUGACUCCAGUAUAAGAUGAUCAUUCACACACUAGCAUCACUUCGUGAAGCAUCGUCACGAUGAAAGUUUUCUGUGUGAUAAUAUUUGGGAUGCUGUUUGCAGUAGGGCUAAAUCUGGUAUUGAACGAGUUAUGUACCACACCUACAUCAAGAUUGGGACGAUGUAUUCAACCGCAAAACUGUCAAUCCAUUCUUCGAAUACAACAAAUUCGACCAGACUUGAGGACAUCGGUGGACGCAUCUAUUCUGCAGCGUAGUAAUUGCGGAUCCCUAGGGACAAACGGCGAUCCUUCGUUUUGUUGUCCAAUACUUGAAAAUGAAAGCAGUUGUGGAGCGAGUGAAGUUGGAAACCGGAUUUUCGGAGGCACUGAAACAACAAUUGGCGAGCAUCCGUGGGCAGCUCUAUUGAUGUACCGUGUUGGUGCUAGUCGUUUCCAAACGCAAUGUGGAGGAACUUUGAUAAGCAGACGAUAUGUGUUAACAGCCGCUCAUUGCAUAGAAAAUGUACCAAGAAACUGGAAAUUGGAAUAUGUGCGGUUGUGUGAAUGGGACCUCGCAGAUCCCAAUGAAUGUGUUCAAAUCGGAAAUGAUACUGUGUGCAGACAAAAUUACGAGAUAGAGGAAACAACAGUUCAUAGUCACUUUGAUAGGUCAUCCAAUGCAUUACCGAAUGAUAUUGCACUACUGAAACUCAAAAACGUAGUACAAUUUGGGAAGUACAUAAAACCAAUAUGCUUACCACUCGAUAAUGCGUUACGGAACAUGCCCAUAAACCAACACCAAUUUACCGUAGUCGGUUGGGGUCAGACAGAAAUAGCUCCACGAAGUAGCGUGCAAAUUCAAGUGGUUGUGACAGGAAAAAAUAACAGAGUUUGUAACGAUAUGCUACGUAAUCGGGGAGUGUUGUUAACAGACUCCCAGUUGUGUGUGGGUGGUGAAGAAGGAAAAGACUCGUGUAGAGGAGACUCCGGGGGACCGUUGAUGAGACAAGUUGAAGUGAAAUGGUAUUUAACAGGAUUAGUUAGUUUUGGAGAGAGGCAAUGUGGCAGCCGAAACCACCCCAGUGUAUACACAAAUGUAGAAAAGUAUCUAGAUUGGAUCGAAAACGUCAUCAGCUGAAUGAGUUCAGCCUCAUUUGAUUGCUUUCGAUAUUCCGGAUGAAUAUUCUGCAGCUUGUGGUUUUUUGAACGUAAUUAGGAUGAUAAUUCGGUCGGCUGAUUAUAGAUAAAUGAAAUGCCAUAAAAUAAACGCAGUUUGGAUGAAA